AUGACUGACGCGGCGCAGCUGUUGGGCGACGCCACGGAUGUAUCGCACUCGUCUGCUGUUGUGGUGCUCAGCACGCUUGUGGAGGAGGGGCGCCUCAUUGAGGAGCGCGCGGAGUACCUGAAGCAAAAGUUCAAGGAGCUUCAUACGCGCGUGCUUGUGGUGUACAAGCGCGACAACUUUUUACUGAAGCGUGCGCGCCAGCUGCGGAAGGAGCUGGACCUUGAGAAAGAGCGCAUUGUUGCGCGCGGCGACGUCGCGCAGGAGGACGAUGCGGAGAUACAGCGACUGAAGAAGCAGUUGCUGGAGGCCGAGGCGGAGCUCUCUGAUGCCCAGGAGCGUGAGAGCAUUCUGCAGGUGGAGGCUCUGGAGUUUGACCGGAGGAAGCACACCAUGCUGCUCGAGCGCGAGGAUGCCCUCGCUGCUGAGGAGGCGCGGUUGCGGCCCCGCAUGGAGGCUCUCCAGUCGGAGAUAUCUUCGAUGGGGAGGGAGAUCAAUGAAAUGGUAGCACAGAUGCAAGCGAUCGGGACCAAGCGUGAUGAGAUACUCGCACAGGAGGCGGAGUGCAAGGAGCAGCUGGUGCAUUGGAACACAACCAUGGCGGAUGCAGAGCGGCAACUGGCGAACGUCGAGAAAGCCCCCGAGCGCGCCCUCAGACAAACAGAGAUGGUCGUGAAGAGUUAUCUGGCCGCACAGAUUGAACUGAAUUCACUCGAUGAGAAACUGCAGGUUCAAGCAGACAUCAUUGCAAAACUUGAGCUGAAGAGAAACACACGAAGUACAGACUACGCGCAGGCACAGUCUGCAUUGCAGAAACUAAAGUCUCAGAUCGACUCCAAACGUGUCACGCUGGCCACACUGAACACUUCACUGGAGAUGGAGCUAGAGGCGUGCCAGGGAUACCAGCAACGAAUCGCGCAAUUAGACCAACUCAUCAAGACCACACACAUUGCCAGAGACACGGAGAUGGAGAAUGUGGAACAUGUGCGCCAGAAAAUGGAUCGCGCCGGUGUAGAGCACACUGAGCUGGAGCAUGCCGUCGCCAAUAUUUUGAAGGAGCAACAGGAAAUCAAAGACAGUAUGGCGGGGGNGAAGAAAGAUAUAGAACGCGUCCAAGCCUCACGCAAACGGAACGUGCAGCGCCUAGAAGAUGCUCAGCGGGACGCAGAGCAGCGUAGCCGCGCCUUCCUCAAAGAGCAAGGACGUGAAAAGGAAUUCAUUACGAAGGCAGAGGCAGUCAGUGGAGACAUCGCGUCGCUAAAGAGUGAAAUCACAGAGCGUGCGCUUCAGGAAGAGGUAAAGCGUCGUGAAACAGCAGCGCUGACAGUGCGUAGACAGGAACUUAACCGUGACUGCGCGCGUGAGGACAGUCGAAUCAGUAUGGGAAAGAGUGAGCUGCGGAUGAAGGAAAUGUAUGUGAAUGAGGUUCGCAAGCGGCGGGACGAGUUGGAGCAGCGUUUAAACUCCAUUACGGAGGUCUUUCAGAACAUUAAGCGUGAGCGCAGUCACAAAGCUGCGCAGAUUCAGGCCGUGACACAGAAGAUGACUGAGAUGUCUGAGAAGAAGAUGAUCCUCGAAAAUGAGCUUAUUGUGCUAUGCCGCGAAUCUGCUUUGAAGGAAACAGAACUGAUGAAGAAGAAGCGCCAAGUGCAGGAACUACGACAGAACUGUAAGAAUCUACGCAUGGAGAAAAAUAGGCAACGCAAGAACUUGGAAAAGGUGUCAGAUGAGGAGCGAAACACCAAGAAUCAAGUGCGACGAGUUAAUGGACAGAUUGCCGCUCUCGAAGAGGACAUGGAGGGUAUUAAAAACACCUACCGUGACGUCAUUGACAGUCGAAACUACACCGGUGUCCAACUUCUUGACCGUAACGACGAGCUGUGUGUUCUGUAUGAGCGUGUGAAUGCACAGGAGAAAACCAUCCGUGACGGCGUCCUCAUGGACAACGCCCGCGCCACAGAGAUCAAUGCACUGCAGAUUAAACUAGCCGAUCUUCGCCGUGAGGUGGAUUUGUUGCGGAGAUCUGUUCCCAAGGUGAAGGAGCUAGAGGAGCAACUGGCGAAAAUAGUAGAUGAAACGGACGACGAACGGUGGAAGGUUGAAGUGCUUGAGAACGACCUGACAAAUCCAAAGAACCCGCACCGCUGGCGACUCAUCAAACGCACGACAAUAGGAGGGGAAUUCCCCACUGAGGAGGCGGUUGGGAAGCUGCACGGCAGCAGCACGACACCACCAGCGAUUGCGGCUAACGUCCGUGGCAGUGCCGAAGGCCCCUCUGAUGAGUUUUUGCACCUGCAGAAACGCUACCAGGAACUGGAAGAGCGUGUCAACGCGAUCAAUGAGCGCAUUCGAGAAAAGGACCUCAUUCUGGAAGAGGUUACGGAGCUGAAAACGCGACUUAGUGAACAGGCCAAGACCGGGCGUGAAUUUACGUUGGCACUUGCGAAGCAGGUGAAUGCUCACCACAGCAGCAUCCGGGCCAAGACGCGCCAAAUGAUGGCGACCGUUUCUGAGCUUUCCGUUUUUCAAGCAUCGGCGAUUCAACUACAGCAAGAUGUGCAGCGGCUAGAAGCCGUCGUUGAGGAGGCAGAGCGCCUGAUGAAACAGGGCGAGGCACCGUUCGCCGAAGCGGAGGUACGGUACUUGCGAGAGGCACAAAGCAAACAACGUUAUGCUGAUAUGCUUCGGCGGCGGAAAGGGGAAGAAACAGAGGCAACGGCGUCAUCCAUGGCGUUGGUGACAACAGCGGAGCAGCGACCAAACGCCUACAUUCCUGACGACGGUCUGAGUCUACCGAAGCCCUUCGGUGCCCUUGUACCGUUCAAACCCACGCCCAUACCACAGUCAUCACGGUUUUUCAGGGGCCAGGUAGAGCGUUUUCAGACCAGAGAGGUACGGGGGCGUUUCUCCAGUACGCAGAUUUCGGGGGAGCAGCUGCCCAGUGGAAAAGGUAGCACUGCCGUGAGGCACGAACAUCUCUCCGUGACGCACUGA